GUCGCGCAUGCGCAUUAGAGCGCCGCUGCUGUAAUAGAAAUCAUGGCCGUUGCGAUGCAGACGGAGGAUUUUCCGUACUUACCUUCGGGGCCGGCGGAGGUAAACAAGAUGAUAAAGGAGCACGGCGACCUGUUUUCUGACUCCCAGUGUAAAGUCUGCAGUGCUGUCCUAAUUUCGGAGUCUCAGAAGUUGACUCAUUAUCAGAGCAAGAAACAUGCCAACAAAGUGCGACGUUAUCUUUCCAUCCAAAGUGAGAAGGAGCCAGCGCUCAAAAAGUUAAAGUCAUCGCCAUCUCAGGACUGUAACAAUGGAGACACUGACCGGUCGAAGGUGUGUCAUGUAUGUAACAUGACCUUCUCCUCUGCUGUGGUGGCUGAGUCUCACUAUCAGGGCAAAGUUCAUGCCAAGAACCUGAGGCUGAAAACCGUCGGUCCUCUGACCCCAGCAGUAGCCUCCCCAACACCACCACCAGCUCAGCCGAAGAAGAAACCUGUAGACGAUUCGAGCAGUGCGCCAGCCGCGGGCGGCGGCGGUGGCGGCAAUAACAGCAACCCGGACCGAUUCUGUUCAGUCUGCCAGGCCUCCUUCAACAACCCGCUCAUGGCCCAGCAGCACUACGUGGGCAAGAAGCAUAGAAAACAGAUGACCAAGCUGAAACUGAUGGAGACGUACGGCCCUUCCACAGCACCAGCUUCCACACUAAAGGGCUACCCAUGCACGAUCUGCAACAUUGAAUUAAAUUCUGUGGAGCAGUACCAGUCUCAUAUUAGUGGUGCCAAACAUAAGAACCAAGUGAAGAAAUCCGGCUUGAACACUACAGAGAACCAAGAAGCAGCAGAACAAUCGUUCGGUGGCGACAACCAGCACACUGCCCCGGACAACCAGUACACCCCCGCGGAUGACCUGUACGCCCCCGUAGACGACCAGUACGCUCCCGUGGAUGACCAGUUUGGCACCGCAGAAGACCAGUACACAACUGGAGAUAACCAGUACGCUCCCGAGGACACAGAGUACUCAGAGGAGUACCAGUUUACUUGAGGUUGGGCUGGGACGGACUGCAGAGGAUUCAGUCAGGACACACAACAACCAGCCCCCCUUUAACACAUUAACAUCAACCUCCAUGGACCUUCAGCUCCUGCCAGAGUCUCUUCUCAGUAGCUUUGCCCCUGGAACAGUCCUCUAAAUCACAGGUUUGGACCCUGGAAUAUCCCAACAUGUUGUUUUAUCAUUUUGGAUUCCCGACUGAAAAGGUUAAAGGACGUGUGUUUGUUUUGUUUCUCCUCUAAAGAAAGAAGCUUCAGCUGUCACUUGUACCCACAAUCACGAUAAAUCAUAAAGAAUGUCUUCGAGGGUUCAGCUGGUUUCUACUUUAGUUGCAAACGUGUGUACUGACUAAAACCAUUCUCUGUAUCAGUGUAUACAGUGAGGAGAACAAGUAUUUGAUACACUGCUGAUUUCGCAGGUUUUCCCACUUGCAAAGUAUGUAGAAGUCUGUAAUUUCUAUCAUAGGUACUCUUCGACUGUGAUUGACAGAAUCUAAAACAAAUAUCCAGAAAAUCCCAGUGUAUGAUUUUUAAGUAAUUAAUUUGCAUUUUAUUGCAUGACAUAAGUAUUUGAUACAUCAGAAAAACAGAACUUAAACCUUGGUACAGAAACCUUAGUUUGCAAUUACAGAGGUCAGAUGUUUCCUGUAGUUCUUGACCAGGUUUGCACACACUGCAGCAGGGAUUUUGGCCCACUCCUCCAUACAGAUCUUCUCCAGAUCCUUCAGGUUUUGUGGCUGUCGCUAGGCGACACGGACUUUCAGCUCCCUCCAGAGAUUUUCUAUUGGGUUCAGGUCUGGAGACUGGCUAGGCCACUCCAGGACCUUGAGAUGCUUCUUACGGGGCCACUCCUUAGUUGCCCUGGCUGUGUGUUUUGCUGGAAGACCCAGCCAGGACCCAUCUUCGAUGCUCAUGCUGAGGGAAGGAGGUUGUUGGCCAAGAUCUCGCGAUACAUGGCCCCAUCCAUCCUCCCCUCAAUACGGUGCAGUCAUCCUGUCCCCUUUGCAGAAAAGCAUCUCCAAAGCAUGAUGUUUCCACCUCCAUGCUUCAUGGUUGGGAUGGUGUUCUUGGGGUUGUACUCAUCCUUCUUCUUCCUCCAAACAUGGUGAGUGGAGUUUAGACCAAAAAGCUCUAUUUUUGGCUCAUCAGACCACAUGACCUUCUCCCAUUUCUCCUCUGUGUCAUCCAGACGGUCAUUGGCAAACUUCAGACGGACCUUGACAUGCACUGGCUUGAGUAGGGGGACCUUGCGUGCGCUGCAGGAUUUUAAUCCAUGACGGUGUAGUGUGUUACUAAUGUUUUCUUUUGAGACUGUGGUUCCAGCUCUCUUCAGGUCAUUGACCAGGUCCUGCCGUGUAGUUCUGGGCUGAUCCCUCACCUUCCUCAUGAUCAUUGAUGCCCCACAAGGUGAGAUCUUGCAUGGAGCCCCAGACCGAGGGAGAUUGACCGUCAUCUUGAACUUCUUCCAUUUUCUAAUAAUUGCGCCAACAGUUGUUGCCUUCUCACCAAGCUGCUUGCCUAUUGUCCUGUAGCCCAUCCCAGCCUUGUGCAGUUCUACAAUUUUAUACCUGAUGUCCUUACACAGCUCUCUGGGCUUGGCCAUUUUGAGAGAGAGGUGAGAUGUUGUAGUUUGUUUGGACAGGUGUCUUUUAUACAGGUAACAAGUCCAAACCGGUGCAGUUAAUACAGGUAAUGAGUGGAGAACAGGAGGGCUUCUUAAAGAAGAACCAACAGGUCUGUGAGGGCUAGAAUUCUUACUGGUUGGUAAGUGAUCAAAUACUUAUGUCAUGCAAUAAAAUGCAAAUUAAUUACUUAAAAAUCAUACACUGUGAUGUUAUGGAUAUUUACUUGUUCUCCCCACUGUAUUAGGGCUGGGUCUCAUGUUAAGUUUGUCAAUACUGGUGCUGAUAUGAUCAGUACUUUACUUUAGGAACAUAAAACUUUUGUUGAAGCUAAAGUUAAAAUAUUAAAUGUUGUCUGUACAAAAGGAGUGAUUAAGGUAAAUGCUAAAUGUAGGAAAAUGUAAAAUAAAACGGAUCAGACCAGACAUUGUAUGCUGGCUUUCAGUACUUGUGCUACCAAAAAAGUAUCAAUAUCGAAACCCAGCCUUAGUGUGCAUACUAGGAAUGUCUGAUACACUACUUAUGUUUACUUUAUGUGUUUGACAUGUUGAAAUAACAGCUGCUGCUAAAUUUGACACUUCUUUAUUUGUCAAGAGGUACAUCAUCCAAAUAUUGACGGCCCCAGUGCAAACCUGUUUUAUUUAGAAACUUAAAUUAUUGCUAUAAUUUGAAUGAAAGUUUAACUGGAGGAUGUGACACCAGGAAGUGAUGAGACUUGAGAUGAUCGUCAGAUGUUAUCGCCCGCUCUACUCGCACAGUGGCUGUUCUCUGCUUACGAAUGAGAUCAUACACCUGCUGCCUGAGAGCACUUCAACCAGACAACAGAUAGGUUUAAUUCUGGCCCAGUUAUCAAGUUACUCAUAUUUGAAUGUUAAUUAGUGACAGCUGAUACGAUGUUUGUGAAGCAGUGGAAGUGACAGUCCGUGCCAGAUGAAAACGAGACACUGCUACUGGAAUGUUUUGGGCAACGAGAAAAAGAGGGCAUGUUACGGAUUUGUUGCCGUUAUUUUAUUAACCUCAGAGUCUGCCAGUCGGGUCCAGUGGGGUAUUUUAAUUGUCAAGCCGCUAACAUCUAAUCAGUACUAACAUCUUGUAUCAGCGUCACAUAUAGCCAAUGAAAAGCAAUGCUGCUUUCCAGUCUAUGUUUUAGUUCUUUGGUUGAAUAUAAUUGGUUUGAGUCUACAGUGAAUGUAUUUAUUGAAACAUGUCCUCAUCUUUUUUUUUUAAAUUGUUUCCAAACCCGUUGUAUGAAGAUGCAGACAUCGGAAAAAAGAAAUGAAAUCAAGCUUUUGCUUGCUCAGAUCAGUCACUGUAUCCAGAUGUGAUAACUGUCCAGACAGAUGGAAGAAAAACUGAGGCUUUCUGUCUUGAUGCUAGUCUGUGAAAAAAAAAAAAUAUAUAUAUAUAUAAAUAUAUAUUAGAAGAAUUUUAUGAGAACUUGGAUUGCAGUUUUACUUGUCUUUCUUUGAUCCGGUUUUGAAUCGAUGCCAAAAUAUCUUCACAAAGUUUUUUUGUUGUUUUUCACUGAAAUGUUGCUUCUGUGUAUGUCAUACAGUACCAGAUGAUGAAUUCACAAGAUUUAGUUUUUUAUUUUACUUAACAAAGCUGAUAUUUAUGUUCAUAUGGCCCAGAAUUUGUCUCAGCUACGGUUUUUACUAUAAAAAAAAACACAACCUAAUGUUUCAGUGAUAGCGUUUUAUUCCUGUUUACUGUAAGCCUAUAGGUUGCAUUUCAAAGGAGUACAUUGUUUUUCUACAGGACACCAUGAUACUAUUUUGUCAUUAGGAAUGUGUACAGGAGGCUCAUCAUUUGAUGAAAACUGCAGAUGAUGGAGGUUAUUGUGAUUUCAGAGAGCCUAAAUUAGACCCUCCACUACUUCAGAAAACACCAGAAUCUGUCAACAAUAAGCAUUUUGUAGAAGUUGAUGUCAUUUUAUAAACAUACGUUACUCUUCAGUUUUCAGGAGUCUGGACAGUGUUAAUUACAAAAUGGAGAGAUAAAAGGGAUCAUGAUAAAAUGCGAAUAAUAUCCUCAUUUCAAAUGCAGUUGGUCUACUACAGCUGUAAGUUCAUGAAAGUAUAAGCUUUUUUUGUACUGUUGAGUUUUAUGCUUGGUUUAUUGAAGGGUGAAAGAUUUUUAAAUACUUUCCCUCCGAGUUGUUCAAAAUGGGGCUUUAUAAACUCUAGAAGAGACUUAUGGAUGCUCUGUAAUUACUGUUCAUAGCAGAGAUUACAAUAUUUACCGCAGAGAUUUUCAAGAGUGAUGUCAAAUUAGAAAGUGAUGUCAAUAUUAGAAUAAAAACACUUUUUUUUAGUCCAUUUGUCCUCAAGAGGAUUGGUUGAAUAUUUUAGUACUGAAUGUCUUCAACCUUCUGGUAGAGAAGAUUUGUUUUGUUUUGUUUUUUGGGAUGUAAUUUAUACAAAGAGGGCUCAUACAUGUUGUAUAGUACAUUGUGUAUAAAAGACAAAUGGCCUUUUUGUUCUCACCCUCAUCGUUUGCGUGCUAGAUGUUUUGUGAUUAAGAGUUACUUUCAAUAUGAGUUGUGUAUACCUGAGGGGAAAAAUGCCGCAAAGGUGUGCAUUAAGUAAAGAAAUGUUUUAAGAGA